CUCCUCUCCUCUCCUCGUUCCUCUCUCUCUCUCUCUCUCUCUCUCUCCAAACACCAAAUCCUAAAAAUGGGUUCGACCGGAAAGACUCAGAUGACUCCAACCCAAGUCUCCGAGCAAGAAACAAACCUCUUCGCCAUGCAGCUAGCCAACGCCCCCGUUCUCCCCAUGGUGCUUAAGACAGCCCUCGAGCUCGACCUCCUCGAGAUCAUGGCGAAAGCCGGGCCUGGCGCUUUCGUUUCUCCGGCGGACUUAGCUUCGCAGCUGCCGACCAAGAACCCUGACGCCCCCGUCAUGCUGGACCGCAUGCUGCGCCUCCUGGCCAGCUACUCCGUCCUCACUUACUCCCUCCGCACGCUACCCGACGGCAAUGUCGAGCGGCUGUACGGCCUCGGCCCCGUAUGCAAGCUCUUGACAAAGAACGGGGAUGGUGUUUCCUUUGCUCCUCUCUGCGUCAUGAGUCAGGACAGGAUCUUUAUGGAGAGCUGGUACCACUUGAAAGAUGCAGUUCUUGAAGGAGGAAUUCCAUUCAACAAGGCCUUUGGAAUGACUGCUUUUGAGUACCCUGGCACUGACCCUAGAUUCAACAAGGUCUUCAACAGGGGAAUGGCUGUCCAAUCUACCAUUAUCAUGGAAAAACUUCUAGAGACCUACAAGGGCUUUGAGGGCCUCACAUCCGUCGUAGAUGUUGGCGGUGGCACUGGCGCUGCUGUUAACAUGAUCGUUUCUAAGUACCCCUCGAUUAAGGGUAUCAACUUUGACUUGCCUCAUGUCAUAGACGAUGCUCCCCAAUUUCUUGGCGUGGAGCAUGUUGGAGGAGACAUGUUUGCAAGUGUUCCAACGGGAGAUGCAAUUUUCAUGAAGUCGAUAUGUCACGACUGGAGUGACAAUCACUGCUUGAAAAUUUUGAAGAACUGUUAUACCGCGCUCCCUGACAAUGGGAAGGUGAUUCUUGCUGAGGGCAUUCUUCCAGUAGCUCCAGACAGCAGCCUUGCCACCAAGGUAGUUGUCAAUCUCGACGUGAUCAUGUUGGGUUACAACCCCGGAGGAAAAGAGCGGACGGAGAAGGAGUUUGAGGCCUUGGCUAAGGGAUCUGGAUUCAAAAGCUUCCGCGUCAUCUGCUCCGCUUUCCACAUCUAUGCCAUUGAGUUUCUUAAGAAGAUUUGAGUAUAACUUUGGCAGUGGUAUGCUGCCGUCUGCCUUCAUAUUGCUUUUAUUUUGAUAUGGUGGUCGCAUAUUUUUCACCAUAACUAGGUUAUUAUAUGUUACAAAAAAAAAAUGGUAAUAAGAAAGUGAUUUUAUG